AUGUCUAACGGCUACCCUUCUUCGACCGCAUACGACGUCCACGUCGAUGGUGACGCGGUAUCUCAACGCGAACGCACCCCGUCCGAAACCAUUGAGUCCCAUCCCGUCUCCGAGUCCUCCCCCGAGCCCGAUGCCGCGGACGACUCAUAUGACGCCGCAUCUGCCGAAUCAGAUGUCGAAGAGGAAGACGCAGCGGCAGACAAUAGUGAUGAUGAUGCCAACUCUUACAGCCGUGAAAACUCUUCAUCCCCUCACCCCGGUCGCGGUGCCCAGCGCAGAUCGUCACCACAGAGCGAGACCGAUCUGAUAAGGCAAAAUCCCGAUUUGUAUGGACUUCGCCGAAGUGGUCGUGCUCGUACUACACGCAAUGUCGCCGACUCAUCUGAUUCUGAUUCCGACGUCGUUGCGCCUCGUGCGAAGCGUCGGCGCAAGGAAACAUCUCAACAACCCUCCAAGGCCUCACGAUCCGCUACGGCCUCCUCGCUGUCUGAGUCGGACAGUGAUGAGUAUGGUGGCAAGAGCGCCCGUGCCAGUAAGGCUAGGAGACGCCGUCUCCAACAGACCGCCAGUUACGAACCGUCUUUGAAUGAAGUCCGCUUCUCAACACGAACGGCUAACAAAGUUUCAAAUUACAACGAGGAUGACGAAGAUGACGAGGCAAUGUUUGAGGCAGACCCAGAAGAUCUUCACCCGAGCUACUGGGCAGAGAGUUACGAGGAGGAUAACCGCCCUGCCGUCGACGUAGUCCUCAAUCAUCGCCUCAAGGACGACGUCGACCCUAAAUCGCAUGAUCUUGACCGUAACGACUUUGAGUUCUGCAUUAAGUGGCAAGAUAAAUCACAUUACCAUGCCACUUGGGAACCCAAUGAGGCCAUGUCUAAUUACCGUAGCACGCGACGUGUGGACAACUACGUCCGGAAAGUGCUCAACGAAGACAUCCGACUACAGUAUGAUGAAGACGCCCCUCCAGAAGAUCGUGAAAAAUGGAACCUCGAUCGCGAAAGAGACGUCGAAGCCAUCGAAGAUUAUAAAAUGGUUGAAAGAGUCAUCGGUGUGCGCGAUGGGGAGGAUGGCACCACGGAAUACCUCGUGAAGUGGAAACGUCUCUUUUACGAUUCUUGUACUUGGGAACCCGAGGACCUGGUCAGUGAGAUUGCACAACGCGAGGUCGACCGGUUCCUGGACCGCACCGCCCGUCAACCUUGGUCCGAUAAGAAUGAGACCACCGUCGCAACAAGAAAGCCAUUCGAGCCUAUCCACGGCGGUACUCCCAGUUUCUUGCAAAAUGGAGAACUCAAGGAUUUCCAGAUCAAGGGUCUCAACUUCUUGGCUUUCAAUUGGGUGAGAGGCCGCAACGUCGUCCUCGCCGAUGAGAUGGGCCUCGGAAAGACUGUGCAGACUGUUUCGUUCAUCAACUGGAUGCGUCACGUCCGACGGCAGCAGGGCCCCUUCAUCGUCAUCGUACCUUUGUCUACUAUGCCAGCUUGGGCCGAUACCUUUGAUCAUUGGACGCCCGACCUCAACUACGUGGUGUACAACGGUAGCGAAAAGGCCCGUUCAGUGUUGCGCGACUACGAACUCAUGGUCGAUGGAAAUCCCAAACGUCCCAAGUUCCAUGUUCUGCUGACCACUUAUGAAUAUGCAAUGAAUGAUUCACCUUUCCUUGGCCAAUUCAAGUGGCAGUUUAUGGCGGUCGAUGAGGCGCAUCGUCUCAAAAACCGCGAUUCGCAACUUUACAUCAAGCUAUUCGAAUGGAAGUGUCAAGCUCGCCUUUUGAUUACCGGUACACCCAUCCAAAAUAACCUUGCAGAGCUCUCAGCUUUGAUGGAUUUCCUCAAUCCAGGUCUCAUUGAUGUCGAUGUCGACAUGGAUUUGAACUCCGAGGCAGCGUCACAAAAGCUGGCUGAGCUGACAGACGCUAUCCAACCUUUCAUGUUGCGACGUACAAAGUCUAAGGUCGAGUCUGACCUUCCUCCCAAGACUGAAAAGAUCAUUCGAGUGGAGCUUUCCGAUGUCCAAUUGGAAUACUACAAGAAUAUUUUGACCAAAAACUAUGCUGCGUUGAACGAUGGAAACAAGGGAAUGAAGCAGUCUCUUCUGAAUAUCAUGAUGGAGUUGAAAAAGGCUAGCAAUCACCCGUUCAUGUUCCCCAACGCAGAAGCCAAGCUUCUGGAAGGCAGCAGUCGCCGAGAAGACGUCCUUCGUGCCAUGAUCACCAGUAGUGGAAAAAUGAUGCUUCUUGACCAGCUCUUACGCAAGCUAAGCGUUGAUGGCCACCGUGUCUUGAUUUUCUGUCAAAUGGUUGGCAUGCUUAACAUUCUGAGCGAGUACAUGGAAUACCGUGGCUACAAGUACCAAAGGCUCGAUGGAACCAUUCCGUCGGCCGCCCGUCGCUUGGCUAUCGAGCACUACAACGCUCCCGGUAGUACUGACUUUGCAUUCCUUCUCUCAACCCGUGCAGGUGGUCUCGGUAUCAACUUGAUGACCGCAGACACUGUUGUGCUAUUUGAUUCUGAUUGGAACCCGCAAGCUGAUCUGCAAGCCAUGGCUCGAGCCCACCGAAUCGGUCAGACUCGACCAGUCAGCGUCUACCGCCUUGUGUCCAAAGAUACCAUUGAAGAAGAAGUCAUUGAAAGAGCUCGCAACAAACUUUUACUUGAAUUCAUCACCAUUCAGCGUGGUGUCACCGACAAAGAAGCUACGGACAUGCAGAACAAGAUGGCCCGUGUUGUUGCCGAGCCUAACUCUACCGAUGACAUUUCUCGGAUUCUCAAGCGCCGUGGUCAGAAGAUGUUCGAACAAACGGACAACCAGAAGAAGCUUGAACAGCUUGAUAUUGACUCGGUUCUUGCCAAUGCUGAACUGCACCAAACGGAAGAGGCCGAACAAAUCCAAGCCGACGGUGGUGAGGAAUUCUUGAAAGCCUUCGACUUCGUCGACAUCAAAGUCGAUGAUCUCACCUGGGACGAUAUCAUUCCCAAAGAUCAGCUUGAUGAAAUCAAAGCAGAAGAAAAGCGCAAGGAUGAUGAUGUCUACCUUGCCGAGGUCAUUGAACAGAACCGACCCCGCAAGCGUCACGCACCCGCAGACACCCCGGACUCACGGGAGGAACGCAAGGCUAAGCGUCUUGCAAGGGCUCAAGUUCAUAUCGACGACGGCGAAGAUGAGAACCCCACAUUAGAUCCUAAGCGCCCUCUUGGAGAGAAAGAAUAUCGUGCGCUCUCUCGAGCCUUCCUCCGCUUUGGAGACAUGGAUGACUCUGAAGAUCUUAUUCUUGAGGACGCGAGGUUGCAGACUCGGGAUCGGGGCACCGUGCGUGCUGCCCUCCGUGAGAUCACCGAAAAAGCCAAUUCGCUUGUGCAAGACAGUCUAGACCAACUGGACGCUAUGAAGCAAGCGGGCAAAAAUCCCACCAAGAAGGAACAAAAAGCAGUCCUGUUUGAUCACCACGGUGUAAAGCGACUCAAUGCAUGGACUAUUGUGGAACGUCCGCCUGACAUGCGCCUGAUACGGAGUAUUACCAACGCAUUGCCCGAUUUCAGGACUUUCCGACUUCCUGAGGCUACGAAAUUGGCAGACUACAGCUGUAUGUGGGGUGCACGUGAAGAUGGAAUGCUUCUUGUGGGUAUCGCACGCCAUGGAUUUGGUGCAUGGACCCAGAUUCGCGAUGACACCGAACUUGGCCUCGGUGACAAAUUCUUCCUCGAAGAGCACCGAGUCGAGCGCAAAACACAGCGGUUGCAAGCUGAAGAAAAGGCAACCAAAUCACCUGGUGCUGUGCACCUGGUGCGGCGAGCCGAGUAUCUCAUGUCCGUGUUGAGAAACAAGUACAACAAUAACGCCACUGCUAGGAGAGCAGUUGACAACCACCACCGCAACAACAAGCGGAAUGCGCGAGUCUCAGGCAGUGGUAGUGUCUCUGCCUCUCCAGCUCCUUCUAGCUCUCGCAGACCCGAGAAUCCUCGAAAGGGUCACCGUGAAGCUGAUCGGUCCCGGCAACGCUCACACACACAUGGUGGCCGGGAAGGAAGUGACCGUCACCAUACCCCGAGUUAUGAUCGCCCUCGAUCUGGUCUUGACAACCGUCCUCGCCACCGUCUUUCUGAUGCAUCUAACGACGACCUUCGUCGGCGCAGAGCACACGAAAACGGGGGAUCGAACAAAGAGGACAUGGCCUUCAUGUUCUUCAAGCCAGUUGUUGCCACUUUAAAGCAGGUGGCGAUGAUCACCGCCAAGAACUACCCUAACAAGAAUGAGAGGGCUCAAAAGCUCCGCCUCACCCUUGUGAAGAUUGGCGAGUUCAUCCGCAACACAUUAGACGGCCAACAGUCUAUGCCUUCACUGGAGGUCCGCCUAUGGGAUCAUGUUUCGCUUAACUACUGGCCUAACAAGGAUGCCAGUGGUGCCAAGCUCCAGCUCAUGUUCAACAAGGUCAUGGAAGCGAGCAAAGCCUCAAAGCCCGCAAAUGGCACGUCGGCUUAA